GUCACAUAAAUGAAAAAGACUCAGAGCGCACGCACUCCGAGACCCCAGGAACAGCUGAUAGAGAGAGAGAGAGAGAGAGAGAGAGAGAGAGAGAGAGAGAGAGAGAGAGAGAGAGAGAGAGACCAUAGGAAUAGACUCCAACUUACCACAUCAGGAGUUUUCCAUCCCAGGACUUCCCAGGAGCCAUGCUUGCUGCGUGUCUGGAGUUCCUGGGCUUGGCGCUGUGCGUCACGGGCUCGCUGCUCGCGAUGGUCGCGUGCGGGCUGCCCAUGUGGAAGGUGACCGCCUUCAUCGAGUCCAACAUCGUGGUGGCGCAGACCAUCUGGGACGGCCUGUGGAUGACGUGCGUGGUGCAGAGCACCGGGCAGAUGCAGUGCAAGGUGCACGACUCGGUGCUGGCGCUGGCGCAGGACCUGCAGACGGCCCGCGCGCUCACCGUCAUCUCCGCCGUGCUGGGGGUCGUGGCGCUCGCGGUGACGGUCGCCGGGGCGCAGUGCACCACCUGCAUCCGGGACGAGGCGGUGAAGGCGAAGGUGGUGAACGCCGGGGGCAUCGUGUACAUCGUGAGCGCGCUCUUCAUGCUGGUCCCGCUCUGCUGGAUGGCCAACAACAUCAUAGUGGACUUCUACAGUCCGCAGGUCCCGCCCUCCAAGAAGCGCGAGAUCGGCGCGGCGAUCUACAUCGGCUGGGCCGCCACGGCGCUGCUGCUGCUCGGGGGGACCCUGCUCUGCUGCUCCUUCUCCCAGGGGGUCCGGGGCGCCCACCCGAGGUACGCCCCCACCAAGACGGUCUCAGCCAACGGGGAUCUGAGCCUUAAGAAGCAUUACGUAUGAGGAGGGUUUGGUUGUUUUGGUUGUUUUGGUUGUUUUGGGUUGUUUUGUUUGGUUGCAUCGGAGCUGAAGGAAACAACUUCUGCUGCUGGGCAAGUUUGGAUUCUAACAAAUUUAACGUAACAUUUACAGUAACUGUGGCAACAAUUGGCAAGUUCCUGUGAAUGCUUUGUGCAGUAAAGGUACCGUAUACUUCCAUUUACAGUAUUUUAUGUAUUCAUUGUAAAAUACACAACAUUUAACCCUUGUGUUGUCUUCCUGUCGACCACUAACUUCAAACGUGUCCCCCAACGUGUUUGACUCAUUGUCAAUAAACCCAAUUUUGAUGACAUCAUACCUAUUCUUUAGUUAAUAAAUAGCAGUGAAGACCAGAGGACGUUGAGUGGACAUCAGACCACUUCCUGUCAAAGUUACGUCAGAAUCCACUGCUGCAAAAACCUAAAAAAAGCUUUUUCAAAAGCUUUAAAAUAUAAUAAAACACCCCGAAAUUCAAUGAAAGUCAUCAUAUAUUGUACAUGUAUCAUAUAUAUAUAUCUGUGAUUUCAACUGUAAUGCUUAAGACUACUGUGAUGGCGACAAGGUUAUAAUGUGACUUUACAGCAUUCUACUGUAAAUCCUCUACAGUCGUGUUACUGGGAAAUCUGAAGUAAUACCUGGAGAUUUCAGGUAUUAUUUGCAGUGUUGAUCGAUGCGGGGGUGAAAGAUGAAGAAGUUAGAGCUGCAACGGUUAUUUUCAUUGUGGAUUAAUGUGUUAUUUUCUCGAUUAACGCACCGGUUGUCGGGUCUAACGGGGUCCCGGUUUGGCAAAGGCUCGUGUUGCGGGUCCAAAAGCCGAAGAAAUUAACAGCCAAAUGAUGUAAAUUUAGAGAAAACCGGGAAAUUCAUAUCCGAGAGGCUGAAAAAUCAGGAUCAGGGUUCCCUAAAAGCCGAGAUGACGUCAUUAAAUGUCAGAUA